AAACACACACAGAAAUCGCCUUUAAACGCAUUUUCCUCCGUUUUCCCGAGAAACAAACAACCGAGCAAAGAACCUCUACUUCAUUUCUCCAUUGCAAUGGCGCGUACGAAACAGACGGCGAGGAAGUCCACGGGAGGAAAAGCUCCGAGGAAGCAGCUGGCGACCAAGGCGGCGAGGAAAUCGGCUCCAGCGACCGGAGGAGUGAAAAAGCCGCACAGGUUCAGGCCGGGAACUGUGGCGCUGAGGGAGAUCAGGAAGUACCAGAAGAGUACUGAGCUUCUGAUUCGGAAACUGCCGUUCCAGAGAUUGGUGAGAGAGAUCGCUCAGGACUUCAAGACGGAUCUGAGGUUCCAGAGCAGUGCCGUCGCAGCUCUCCAGGAGGCUGCCGAGGCUUAUCUGGUUGGGUUGUUUGAGGACACGAAUCUGUGUGCGAUUCACGCGAAGAGGGUCACGAUAAUGCCCAAAGAUAUUCAGCUUGCCAGGAGAAUCCGAGGUGAACGAGCAUAGAUUCUCCGAAUCUUAAGAUCUCUAAGUGGAAUGAGAUUAUGAUGUUAGAUGUUAUGGAUCUUCUACUUCUCGUAGACAUGUAGCUUUUGUUUUUUUUAAUCUUAAUCGGUUUAAGAAUGUAAUUUACUUCAACCAAAAAAAAAAGAAUGUAAUUUACUGGUUGAGCAUACAAAGAAUUUGAUGUUGCUUCCUGAGGGAGAGGUCGAUUCAAUUA